GGCCGCGCGAGAUUGUGUCGUGAAUGUGAUAUUGUGAGUUUAUUAUUCAUCUUUUUUUUUUAUCUUUUAUGUCAUCUGUCUGUUUUUUUUUUCUUACAAUAAUAUUCUUGUGUGUGAUUCUAUUUGUGAUUGUGCAAUGUAUUGUUAUGAGUAAAUAUUUGAAUGUGUAUUAGAAGAAAAGCUACAAGUGAAUAACAGUGAAAAAUAAAAACACAAUGGAAAUUAAGUGUAUAAAAAAAAAAUGUUGCAAAAAAAACUAACUUUAAUAUAAUAAUAAUACAAAUGAACUUUAAGUAGAUUCAGUGAUUUGAAUGGUGACAGUUGAAAUGUGAUAAGUGGAACUAAUAAUAUUCAAUAAAAGAAUAAUAUGCACAUACAAACAUUAUGAAAAAGUUUAGCAAAAGAAGUUCCUAAACAAAAAAAGUUAUAAACGAAAAUAUCUUUGGAGAUGAUCAUCUCUUCAAUGAUGAAGAAAAAAGGCAAUUGUGAAACUUAGUGGGUAGGUGAUAUCGAGUAUAAUAAGGAUGAACUCGCGACCGUGGGUAAGACGGAGAUGACCACUAAAUCCGUGCCUCGUCCUGAAAACGAAGACGAGGAGGACGAGGAAGAAGAGGAAGAAGAGGAGGAGGAAGAAGAAGAAAUCGACAAAGAGAUUUGUUCGAGUUUACGGUAUCACUGCCACUGAUAUCCUCUCUCUCAUCGCAUCGAUGCCGAUUCCUGCGUCCAUUAAUAGAGAUAUGGGGAGUGUCGUAGGCAGUAACGUAAACAUAAGCAACGUAACGACGAAGAGGAUGGACUCAACGACGUUCCGGCCAGAAGCGACGUCGACCCUCAGUGAGCGGGAGCAACUUAAAAUUGAAUUUUACAAAACUUAUGAUGUUAUGACCGGGGUCAGAAUCGCAGCGACUCUCGGUGGUUUUUUCGGUCUUAUGAUCCUUCUGCUUGUUUAUAAAAGCAGAUGUAAAUCGAGCAAACAAUUGGAGGAUCCAAGAUUGACUGCAGCUGCAGCCGCAGCUGUAGCUGAAGCAGAAGCUGAGGAAAGAGCGCUUGCAGCUGCUCUCGAAGCCAUUGCUAGAUUACCACCUAGACCAGAUCGGGGUCCUAGAAGAUCUCUCUGUGUCGAG